AUGAAGAAGCCCUUAAAUGUAAUACAUGGGACCAACCAUUCUCUACAUGAAUGUAAAAGCUUUAAGUCAAAGUCUUUAGAAGAACGCAAGAAACUUCUGAAAGAAAAUAGAAUAUGUUUUAAGUGUUGCAUCUCGAAGAACCACUUAAGUAGAGAUUGUCCAGAGGACAUAACCUGUAAAGACUGUGGAAGCUCAUGGCAGGAGAAGCCGGAGCAGAGUGUUGUUAAAGAGUCAGUACGUGAACAAGCUUUAGAUGUGACCAACAAGAGUACUGGUGUAUGUGAGGAAUUUCCUGGAAAGUCUUGUGCUAAAAUUUUGCCAGUUUACGUUUUUCAUGAGAGUAACCCGAGGAAGCGUAUGAAGUCAUAUGUUAUAUUAGAUGAUCAGAGUAACAAAUCUUUAGCUAAAGGAGAGCUUUUAGAUUUCUUUGAUGUUCGCUCUGUGGCAGAGGAAUACAUCAUAACUAGUUGCUCUGGCCGUUCAGUUAUGACAGGAAGGAAAGCUGGUGGACUAUGCAUACAAGCUGUUGAUGGUAGUCUACAGAUGAGCCUUCCUACAGUCAUCGAAUGUGAUGAACUUCCUAAUAAUAGGACUGAGAUUCCAACUCCCAACAUUGCUCGACUUCAUCCACACCUCAAAGACAUUGGUUCAGAAAUUUCACCUCUUGAUGAUCAGGCUCAGAUUCAAUUAUUGAUUGGUAGAGAUCUACCCGAAGCUCACCAUGUACUAGAUCAAGUAACAGGUCCACCAGGUACACCCUUUGCCCAGAAGAUGAAGUUAGGCUGGGUAAUUAUAGGUGAAGUCUGCCUGGGGAAGCAUCACGCAACAAAGAAUGUGAAUGUAAGGAAAAUAUAUGUAAAUCCUGAUGGUCGUCCAUCAGUCUUGAAGCCUUGUCCAAGUUGUAUAUGUGUACAAGAAGACACAGGAUAUCACAGCGGUUUUACACCAUGGAAGGAAAAUGAUAUUGGUUCUACAGUGUUUCACCGAACCAAAAAUGAUGACGAACCUGGAAAAUCCACAGAAGACAAAAUGUUCUUGAAGUUAAUGGAGAAAGAAUUUGUCAAAGAACCAGCAGGUAACUGGAGUGCACCUUUACCUUUUAAGCCCUUAAAGAAAAGAUUACCGAACAAUAAAUCCAUGGCUGUGAGACGUGCCAAUAGCCUAGCCAAGAGUCUUCAGUUCAAUUCUGUUAAAAGAGAACAUUUCCUAGACUUUAUGAAAAAGCUUUUGGAAAGAGGUCAUGCUGAAAUAGCACCACCUUUGAAAGAAAAUGAAGAAUGUUGGUAUCUUCCAGUGUUUGGAGUGUAUCAUCCAAAGAAACCUAGUCGUAUCAGGUGUGUUUUUGACUCUGCUGCUAAGUUUAGAGGUACAUCAUUGAAUGAUGUGUUGAUGACAGGUCCUGACCUAAAUAAUUCUCUGUUGGGUGUACUUCUACGUGUUCAAAAGAAAUAG